AUGAAGCUCAUCAGCAGCUCCCUGACUCUUCUAGUCUUUAUAAAUGCUGUGUUUUCAGCAGCUAUGAGAGAUGGGGGUGAAGAUUUGAUACAUUUCCUUAAGGAUGCCUUUGAAAUGAAUCAGACUCUGGACCAAGCUGAACCAACACAGCUCUCAGAAAUUAGUCUAGUACCUGAGAUGAUUCUGGAGGCUGUACAUCCAACAGUUCCAAGUGCAGAAUGUAAAGCUCCAGAAACAGCUGAUCUUUCCAAAACAAUUCCAAAACCGAACUCUGUAGAACUUACAGAUGUUUCUGAAGAGAGAUCCAUUGAGACCAGCAACUCGGACAGCAGAUUACCUGAAAGAGCAUCAACAGAAGACAGCAGAGAGAGUGACAAGUACAAAAGAUUAGAGCUGAGAACAGCACUCACAGACACUCACAAAGCAUUACAGGAGCAUUAUGGUAACUCAGCAGAGAGUAUGAGUAUGGAGAGUACUGACAUCGACAGAGACAGGACCAAGGGCUCAAAUCAACAAAGGAAUAAAGAAUCAGUGAUAGAGGAUGUUAGUAGUCAAGAAAAGGACAGACCCGAAGAAAACGAAAGACACCACCCACCAAGAACCCAGAAGAUGAUUAAAAAACACCAUUUCGACAGUGCAGAGUUUGUGGACAGACCAGACAGUGAAGAACAAGGAAGAUCUCAGGAACAAAUCUCAGGGAUCGUAGCAAAACAAAACUUCCAGGCCACUCUGGAUGACAGCAGGGAAGCGGCUGGUGGAAUCCCAGGAUGCACAGAAACAUCUGCUGAACAUCCCAUGGAAGAGAACAACAGUCUGGAUGACCCUAAUGUGGAGCAGAUCCGAAAGGACACGACGAGCUAUCAGAACCAGCUGAAGAAAAUAUGUCCCAGUAAGAGAGUACGAGCAUUUGACAACCUGAGAGCACAGCUGGAUCUCCACAGUCCAGAGAGAGUCAACAGUGAACUUCUGGACAGAGACGACAGCGGUGAGAGGCUGAGAGACCAUGUGGCGCUUCCUCUCUAGAGGGAACACAAGUUUACUUUUUGAUUAUUUUAAUUAUUAGUGUGAUUUGGUUUGAUAUUAGGGGUGUAACGGAUCACAGUUGAUCCUUGAUCUGUAUGGAUAAUGACCCACGGUUUGGAGAGUAUGUGACUAGCUGAUUAAUAACUUGUUUUUUAAAAAAUAUUUUUACCUGUAGAUUAGUCCAGCUCCUACAUCAUUCAAAUAUAUCUAUCACAUAUGUGGCCUUCCUGCAAAUUACAAUGAUGACAGAAGUUGUGGCGGCACCUAGCCUAAAUGUUUUAUUAGGUUAUUAAUGGCGUUUUCUGUCACUACUUGUUUAGUCUGCACAAAUCCAUUCAGUGUAUAGCUUCACAAUUAAUUAUUAAAAGAUCAGGAUAUCAAU